GGUGACAAUCUUCCUGAUCACGUGGCUCUGUCGAUUGUUUGAGUGAAAAAUGUGCAUUCAUAUUGAAGUCCGUGGCUGUAGAGGUCGAUUUGAUUCAUAUGAAGUAAUCGAAGUCCAGGCAUCUAAAACACCACAUACUACAAUGUCCACGUGCAAAGCGGUCGUGUUGGCGGUGAUUCUUGCGCUGUGCACGGGUAUCUCGAGGGGCCAGUGUCCAGCGACGUGCCAAUGCUACGGAACUGUUCGUAGAAUGCAGAGGACAACAGCUGUUGACCAUACCCCUUUCCCUACCGGACGCUACCACUACCUUGGAUUUAUACAACAACUCUAUCGCAUCCCUUCCUGCGGAUGCAUUACAAAGACUGACAAACCUAAAAUUACUGUAAACAAAUAGCCUUUCGAUUAGCCAUUAGAGUGUUACCCUUCAUCAUCGGAUUUCUUUGUUCAUUGUGAUUGUAUUAUUGUUCUAUGGUAUAUUUAACAACUGAAUGCAUGGAACAAAUUUCGAUAUAUGUUUACUUGAUUUAAAAAUUCUUUUUAUUUAUAGUUAUUAGUUGGUUUAUUUAAUCAGUAUUGUUAAACAUUGGUCAAUUUUCGUUUGAAAUAUAUUGUUAAAAUGUAUUUUUGUAAUGGGUAAACACAUUCUAAUGAGAAAAAGUUUUAUUUUAUUGCAUGCAUGCAGCAAUUAACUUGAUUUAGUUGUAUACAUAUUAUACAUAUUAUUGCUCAAUAGUUGUCUUUUAAAUACAUUUUUAUAACUAUUGAAAUAACAUAUUUCAAGAUAUUAGUUUUCCCCUUACAAAUGGGGAAUACACAGGAUUGUAAAGUAACCCGCCUUUUAAAACAGUUAACAAUCCUAUACUUAAGAGUCGUGAAACUAAUUAUGAGCAAGUGAACCUGUGAACCUUGAUAGUUUGAAUAAUUUGUUCACAUUCUCGGAGAUUUUAAGCCUUUAAGUAUGUUUUUUUAUUUAACACUUGCGCUGCAACUAACUUAAACGUAUGCCCGCUAGAGCCCUGCAAAGUAUCUACUCAUAUCACUCUCGCACCUGAAUAUUUGGGAACAUGUUAAGUGAUUACAACAGUGGAAUGGAGUGUAUGUGUGACAUAAUAACUCAAUUCAUUGUUUAAGAUAUAUCUGUAUUUAAAUAAGUAUUACAAUGCAUUGUUUAACCUCUUAAAUCAGUUGGCUUAUGAGAAAUAACAACCAAACUGUGUUACAGUGUGAAAUAAAAAUAUAUCAAUAACUAGUUGGUAUCAAUAAAAUACACUCCUGCAAUAUUUUAUUUAACACAAUAAGAAUAUUUCGUCCAUGCAUUUAAAAAUAGUGAUUUUUGAAG